AACGACCUGAUUACUUUUGUCAGCCGGCUUUAUUAAUCCUCUUUUCCCGUGGCAGCCGAAAGUUGUGCAGGCAUAGUAAAACUGCCCCUCAAAAUCUCCAAUAUGGCCGUUGCUGCUGCACGCCCUCUCAUUACGGUCUACACUGAGAAGAAUGAAGCCAGUGGCACCAACGUCAAGCUGCCCGCAGUCUUCAAGGCGCCCAUCCGCCCAGAUAUCGUCAACUUUGUGCACACCAACAUGCGCAAGAACAGCCGCCAGCCCUAUGCCGUCAGCAAGCUAGCAGGUCACCAGACCAGUGCUGAAUCCUGGGGAACUGGACGUGCUGUGGCCCGUAUUCCACGUGUCCGCGGUGGUGGAACUCACAGAUCUGGUCAGGCUGCAUUCGGAAACAUGUGUCGCGGUGGCCGCAUGUUUGCCCCCACCAAGACCUGGCGCAAGUGGCACAGCCGCACCAACGUCAACCAGAAGCGAUAUGCCAUGUGCUCUGCCCUGGCUGCUACCGCCGUGCCAGCCCUGGUCAUGUCAAAGGGUCAUCUCAUUGAUCGUAUCCCCGAGGUCCCCCUUGUUGUAAGUGACGCCAUUCAGGACUACAAGCGUACCAAGGAGGCUGUCCUUUUCCUGAAGAAGUUCAAGGCCUGGCCAGACAUCAAGAAGGUGUACAAAUCCAAGCGUAUCCGAGCUGGCAAGGGCAAAAUGCGAAACCGGCGUCAUGUCCAGCGCCUUGGUCCCCUCAUCAUCUUUGAGAAGGAUAACGGCAUCUCGCGGGCCUUCAGAAACAUCCCAGGAAUCAAGCUGAUGAAUGUCACCAAGAUGAACCUGCUCAGGCUUGCCCCUGGCGGUCAUGUCGGCCGAUUCUGUAUCUGGACUGAGAGCGCCUUCCGCAGACUGGAUUCUCUCUAUGGCACAUGGAAGAAACCCUCAGCAGAAAAGAAGAAUUACAACCUGCCGAUGCCCAUGAUGAUGAACUCUGACCUCAACCGUCUGCUGAAGAGUCAGGAAAUCCGGAGAGCACUGAGACCCAAGAGGUUGGAUGCCAACCAGCGCAAGGUGCUGAAGAAGAACCCACUGAGGAACGUCCGCGCCAUGUUCAAGCUGAACCCCUACUCCAAGACCCAGAAGCGUCAGGCCAAGCUGGCUGAGGAGCGGGCCAGAGCACGGAGGCAGGCCCACUACGACAAGAAACGUGGGAUUACACCUGCUGACCCCCCAGCUGAGAAGGCUUCUGAGGCACCGAAGGCUUCUGGGAAAGCCAAAAAACAGCCCAAGGGAAAGUAGACAAGACCCGAUGCCGUUACGGUGCAGCACCGCUGCUUAUAACAGGACGACAAAUUUCACAUUAACCUGUCUCUGUCCUUCAUUCUUAAAUCUAUAGCCAGUUGUGGACAGAAAUUUAAAGGAACAGAUUGGUUUGCCUUUAGUAAGCUUAAUACUACAAUGCACACUUUUCACGACAAACUUCGUUUUUGAAACCUUGCAAACAGUUGUAAAAUGUUGCAGCUGCAAACGUUCGGAUAAGAUUGUCAUUACACAUCUUUCCCAUCACGUUUUCUUUUGAAAAAAAAAGCUUGGUAAAGGCUUGGUUUUUGGAGCUGAAAGUACAUGUAUCAGGUUUUAGUUUGGUUGUUCAGUGGUUGUGUCGCAAGGCUGCCCGGGUUAGAAGUGGUAAAAAAAAGUGACAAACACAAAAUAUUUGAAAAAGAAGUCACACCCAAUAAAGCGACUGAAGCUUCUGACUUCAGUAAAAAA